GUUAAGUUAUUUUAAGUUAACAUUACAUAAUGUUAUUGUUUCGUUUAAGCUACACAGUUAUUAUAUUUCUUGUAACUAAAAAUAUACAUUGUCAACGAAGAAUCAUUAAGGGUGAAAAAUUGGAGAAAUUAAAGAAUUAUUUGGUAUAUUUUAUACAUUCGGAUCAAUCGACGACAAGAUACAAUGGCUGGACUUGCGCCGGCGCUCUGGUACAUUCACUAUAUGUAGUUACAGCAGCAGCUUGUUUAGAGGAUGUUACUAAUCUUUAUGCUAUGGCUGGAUACGCGAAAUGGGUGCCGUACGAAGAUAUUGACGUCAAUAAAUGCACUUCUAACGUAAAAACUCAAAAAAAGAAAGUCGUCUACACUUGUAUUCCGAAAUCUUAUGAACUGGACUAUGCUAACGUGGAAAAGUGGUCAUCAAUUGACAUAGGAGUUGCGAAAGUUGAAAAUCGAUUUUGGCAACAUAAUGACUAUGAAAAAUUUUGUACUAUCAAACCAUUGAGAAUACCGAUUAAUUUCAACUCCGCGUAUCAAUCCCCGGGCAUCGACGCAAUAGUUGCGGGCUGGGGACAUCUCGAAACUUGGAGGAAACCAGGGGAUCAAAAAAUAUAUAUUCAAGAAUUUCCGCGAUACGCAUCAGUGCGUAUAAUGAACAAGAAGAAAUGCAAAGAGUAUUAUAAAGAUUAUCCCGAACUACAAAAAACCAUAGACAAACAUAUGAUAUGCACUAUGGAGAGCGGGAACGUUAACGCUGCCGGUGUCGUCAACUGGUCGCAUCCAGAAUUUAAAGAUCAAUGUACAGAGGAUGGUCAAAAUUGUCGAAGAAAUUUCAGUGAAAGUCCUCAUUGGAACAUAUCAAGUGUAAACGGUCGAAGACAAGGGAUUUGUCAAAAUGAUCACGGUGCACCGCUGACUACGUGGAUUGGUGGCAAAGAACAUCUCAUCGGUGUCGCGUCUGUAUUCCGAGUUAAUCAAGAAGGCAAAUGCGCAGGGCCGUAUCUAUUCACAAGUACACAGUGCAAUGGAGUUUUCUUGGACUGUGUACUUGAGGAACAUUUGUAUAAAGAUGUACACGACCAUUCACGAAGAAGAUCCAUAUGUCACCUGCCAGCAAGAGAGCGAGGUUUCGAAAUGAUACAUAAACAUAUAAAUUGGAUAAAUCAUACAUAUAUAAAAAGAAAAUCAAGAAAAGGACGCAGACAAAAAUUCAAACGAGUCACAAAACAAAACAUACAAAGGACAACAAAAAAGUAA